GCAUAGGGAGCUGCAGUCGGCGGCCAUUUUCUUCCAGGAACCGGCUGAUUAUUAUUAUUAUUAUCAUCACCAUCAUCAUUAUCGCCCCUUCCCCGGCCCUCUCCUCCUCCUCCAGCCCUAAGCCAGGCCCGGGCCUGCUUUCCUUGCCCUGCCUUGCAGCUGGGUGUGGGUCAGGGGAGGAGUCCUUGGGGGCAGCCUGGGAAGCCUUCCUGGGGGCCCCCUUCCUUCUCUUGCCCCCAUUUUGGCUGCUCCCUCUCCUUCUCUCUCUCUGUCUCUCUCUCUCGAUGGCAGCAGGAGGGGAGCCCUGGUGAGGACCAUGUUCAGCUUCGAAGGGGAGUUCAAGACCAGGCCCAAGGUCUCUCUUGGAGGAGCCAGCAAGAAGGAGGAAAAAGCAUCUCUUUUACAUCGUACACAGGAGGAGAGACGGAAGCGAGAGGAAGAAAGGAGAAGACUGAAAAAUGCAAUAAUCAUCCAGUCCUUUGUUCGAGGGUACAGGGACAGAAAACACCAAUAUGCCAUUCAGAGAAGUGAAUUUGAUCGCUAUGCUAAUUUAGCACAAUCCGGAGGAAGUUUCUCCAUUGCCAACGGAGCAAAUCUAACUCUCUUAGUUCGUCAACUUCUAUUCUUCUAUAGGCACAAUGAGGAUUCAAAACGUUUGAUAUGGAUAUGUCAGAACUUGAUUAAACAUAAUUCUCAGUUUGUGAAGCAGCUUGAAGGCCCUGACAAGCUUACAUGCCUAUUCCAGAUAAAAAGACUGCUGGGCUUAUGCUGCAGAUUGCUACAAAACUGCAAUGAUGACAGUCUGAAUGUUGCACUUCCUAUGAGGAUGCUUGAAGUAUUUUCAUCUGAGAAUACCUAUUUACCCGUUUUACAAGAUGUUAACAAGGUAGCAUCAGUAAUUGAACAAAUCUUGCACUACGUGAUUCAAAAAGGAUACUACAGAUCUCUUUAUCUGCUUAUAAAUAACAAACUUCCAUCAAGUAUUGAGUAUUCUGAUGUCUCUCGGGUUCCUAUUGCAAAAAUAUUGUUAGAGAAUGUUUUGAAGCCAUUGCACUUUAAUUAUCUCUCCUGUCCUGAAGAUGCCAGGCAACAGAUCUUUGCUGCUUUUACAGAUGAGUUUCUGGCAGCACCUUUUACAGACCAGAUAUUCCAUUUCAUCAUUCCAGCGCUUGCAGAUGUGCAGACUUGUUUCCCUUAUGAACUUUUUCUGAAUGCACUAUUGUUAACAGAAAGCAGGCGCUCAAGGAAAAGUGAGAGAGCUCCUUGGCUUUUUUACUUCGUCCUGACAGCUGGUGAAACAUACUUAGGAUCUCUUUCUGAAGAAGGGCUACUAGUGUAUUUGAGGGUACUUCAGACAUUUCUUUCUCAGUUACCCGUAUCUACAUCAGGUACAGAUUGUCAGGAUUCAACUAGUGACUCUGAAGAUGAAGAAAUUAGUAAGACAACUUCCAUGCCUGGGGAUGGAAGAAUAUCAGUCCAGUAUAUAACAGAUGAAUGUCUUUCAAAGUUGGAUACUAAACAGCAGACAAACACUCUGUUAAAUAUGGUUUGGAGAGAUUCAGCUAGUGAAGAAGUCUUUACUCUAAUGGCUUCUAUCUGCCACACACUAAUGGUGCAGCACCGAAUGAUGGUGCCAAAAGUCAGACUCCUAUACAGCUUAGCUUUUAAUGCAAGGUUCUUGAGGCAUCUUUGGUAUUUAAUCUCCUCAAUGACAACACGAAUGAUCACUGGGUCGAUGGUGCCCCUCCUUCAGGUGAUAUCACGUGGCUCACCUAUGUCUUUAGAAGAUUCUAGUCGGAUCAUCCCUCUCUUUUACCUUUUCAGCUCCUUGUUUAGCCACUCGCUUAUUUCUAUACAUGAUAACGAAUUCUUUGGUGAUCCUAUAGAAGUUAUAGGCCAAAGACAAUCAUCAAUGAUGCCUUUUACAUUGGAAGAACUGGUAAUACUAUCGCGGUGUCUUCGAGAUGCUUGCUUAGGAAUAAUUAAAUUGGCAUAUCCAGAAACAAAGCCAGAAGUUCGUGAAGAAUACAUUGCAGCUUUUAGAAGUGUCGGUGUCACCACAAACACAGAAAUGCAGCAGUGUAUCCAAGCAGAACAGAAGCGGUGGAUUCAACUCUUUAAGGUAAUCACAAAUUUAGUGAAAAUGUUGAAAGCUAGAGACACAAGAAGGAAUUUUUGUCCACCAAAUCAUUGGCUAUCAGAACAGGAAAACAUUAGAGCAGAUAAGGUUACCCAGCUGUAUGUGCCAUCAGCCAGACAUGUAUGGAGAGUGAGACGAAUGGGAAGAAUCGGACCAUUACAGUCUACUUUGGAUGUGGGUUUGGAUCCAGCACCUCUUUCUGUGUCAGAGGAGCGACAACUUGCCAUAUUGACUGAGUUACCUUUUGUGGUUCCCUUUGAAGAGCGAGUAAAGAUCUUUCAAAGACUGAUCUACGCUGACAAACAGGAGGUUCAAGGAGAAGGUCCAUUUCUGGAUGGAAUCAAUGUCACAAUCAGAAGAAAUUAUAUUUAUGAAGAUGCAUAUGACAAACUUUCCCCUGAAAAUGAACCUGAUUUGAAAAAACGAAUUCGUGUUCAUUUGCUCAAUGCCCAUGGUCUAGAUGAAGCUGGCAUUGAUGGUGGUGGAAUAUUCCGGGAAUUUCUGAAUGAACUACUUAAAUCAGGAUUUAACCCUAACCAGGGUUUUUUUAAAACCACUAAUGAAGGAUUGCUUUACCCUAAUCCUGCUGCACAGAUGCUUGUGGGAGAUUCUUAUGCAAGGCACUACUAUUUUCUUGGUCGAAUGCUUGGAAAGGCUUUAUAUGAAAACAUGCUUGUUGAGCUUCCCUUUGCCAGUUUUUUUCUUUCCAAGUUGUUGGGGACAAGUGCGGAUGUGGACAUUCAUCACUUGGCUUCACUGGAUCCUGAAAUGUACAAAAACCUGCUUUUCCUUAAAAGCUAUGAAGGGGAUGUGGAAGAACUUGGACUGAACUUUACGGUGGUGAAUAAUGACUUAGGGGAGGCACAGGUGGUUGAACUAAAGCCUGGUGGGAAGGAUAUUCCUGUCACUAGUGCUAACCGAAUUGCAUACAUCCACCUUGUGGCAGACUACAGGUUAAACAAACAGAUCAGACAGCAUUGCCUUGCAUUUAGACAAGGUCUGGCCAAUGUUGUUAAUCUUGAGUGGCUUAGAAUGUUUGAUCAGCAAGAAAUCCAGGUUUUGAUUUCUGGUGCACAGGUUCCUAUUAGUUUAGAUGACCUCAGAACUUUCACCAACUAUUCAGGUGGUUAUUCUGCAGAUCAUCCAGUAAUCAAAAUCUUUUGGAGAGUUGUAGAAAGCUUCACUGAUGACGAAAAGCGAAAAUUACUAAAGUUCGUAACAAGCUGCUCACGACCUCCACUCUUGGGGUUUAAGGAAUUAUAUCCUGCUUUUUGCAUACACAAUGGAGGCUCUGAUUUAGAGCGACUCCCCACUGCCAGUACCUGCAUGAAUUUAUUGAAGCUUCCAGAGUUCUAUGAUGAAAACCUUAUGAGAAGUAAACUGCUUUAUGCCAUUGAAUGUGCUGCUGGAUUCGAGCUGAGUUGAAAUGAAGUUUUAAUCAAAUGCUCUGUUGAGGAACUAAUCAGUGCCUACUCCAUAAGCAGCACCCAUACCAAGCAGAUUAAGGGAAAUCCAUGUAGGUUUGUGCAACUCAUUUUACCUGUCAAUAUUCCUUAAGUAAGUUUCAGUUAUAACACAAGAUGUUAAUUCGCUGUUUUUCCAUUAGCAUUUAAUUGCAUUGAUGCGAUGCUACCUUGUUUGGAUUCAGAAUAAUGAAAUACUGUGUGCAAUUUGGUAGGCUUUCUGAGAAAGAACAUAAACAGUAUGAGCACAGGAACAUCUGAGUGAAAAUAACCAAAGAUGAAGCUUUGGCUUUGUGCUGUUCAAAUGCAAAUAAUUCCACAUGUUGGCAAUAAAGCAACAUAACAAAGCAACCUAAGAGGACGAAACAGUGUCCUUGGAGUGGGAAGAAAAUGAUUUACAAAUGAUCUGGAACUUUGGUGGGCUAGAAUAUGAUUACUGAAAGUACUUCCAUGUCCUUAGGAGUGGCAGAAAUUGUUUACAAAUCUUUUCUGCAACUGAGGAAACUGCAUUUUUAUUACCAUGGUGGUCAAUGGGUAGAUACUGAGAGAGAAGUUUAUGUCACUUGUGUUUUGUUUGCAUUUUUUUACCUUCAGUAAUCUGAAUGGGCAUGCUUGUUCAGUUACUUUCUUUAUUUGUGACAUGAUUAACUGGACAUUGUUAAAAAUUGUGUAACUAUUGGAUUCUCCCCUCCUUCCAUUUCCUUUUCUGUGCCUGUAGAAUUUUUUAUUUAAUGCAUCAGAUUUCUUUGACAUAUAGCAUAUCCACAGUACUUCUGGCUGAAGAAAACAAAUGCUUCUUAAUAAAAAUUGAAACAAAUUUGAACUAAAGCAUUAGGCUUUUAUCCGUUAUAUCUGAAAGCCUGCAGAUGUCCCCAUACCCUCUUUAGCUUUCCCCUCCUGGAGUAUCUGCUUGAUGUAAAAAGUGAGCUGUCCAGUAUUUGCCAUGAAUAAAUAAUGAGUUGGUUUGCUCAGUUCAGCUGUUGGCUUUGAGAUGGAGUAAAGGAAUGUGCUACCUGAUGAUGGUUGAUUGCCAAGGGAAACAUUACUUUUAUGUCACAAAGAGGUGUUUUGGAAGUGGUCAGUGUCUGUCUUCACGUGCAAUUCUCAUCAAAUUAUUUUAUUAUAUAAUUGGAAACGAAAUCGUUAGCAGGCAAAAUCAAGUACAACCUUUGCUGUCAACUGAAAGAGACCCAAGAACUUUACAUUUGGGGGCUGUUGUAUUGGUGACCCCCUAGACUGAAAACUAUUUUGCUGAUAAAGAAGCUCGUGGAUUUCAUAUUUAAUUAGCAGGGAACAGCAAUAUAUCUUAAAUGUGCAGAACAGCUCUUGGGUGAUUUUAAGAUGUUUACUAGUGUUAGUACAAAAAUGUAUAAUUUCAUGAUUUGGAUAAGAAAUGAAGUGUUAAAAAUACUAUUUGUAGUCUCCAUGUACAGAAAUAAAGGAAUCGUUUUCUUUUUGGUUUGCUGUAAGCUGUUUUAUUUAUGAUAGUGAUUAAAAUACCCUGCCUAUUCUGUU